CAGUCUCAUUCUCAUAAUGUCGUUCCACGCUUCGGCCGAGGACAUCCGUGUCGAUGACGGCUACAUGCUUCGGGCCCGUCUCAGGAACGCCGACGGCGAGCUGGUUGACGCCGAGAUGGAUCUCAACCAGUUCAUUGGUAACGAAAACGGCUCUUUCGAGUGGGGCGGAGUGAACUUCUCCCACAGCGCCGAGGGCAUCAGCUUCUCGCUCGAAGGCGACGACUCCGUCCCUAUCCUUCGUGCUGGUCUCAAGGACGUGGAGGGCAACGUUCAGUGGAGAGACCUCAACCUCGCGGAGCGCAUCGGCAACAACGACGGCAGCUUCGAGUUUAUCUGAUCCUAGUUAGCGGAGCAAUCGACGGUCAGCAGGGCACAUAGCCCUCUCACAUAUGGACACUUCAUCUCUGGCUUGCCUGGGCACAUCUGGAUUCUUCGUUUGAAAGCACAUCACUUCGACGGUAUAUGUAUACGACCACAGCUUACAUGUACGGUACCACAACGAGAUUGCAGUCUUCGAAACAAAUUCAAAACCGUCAAGCAUCAAUGACAUCUACCUAGUACUACUAGAAAUACAUCUAAUGUAUCAGAUUUCUCGACAUAUCA